AAGGUAUUGGAAACCGACCUCAAACUCAGCUUUUACUCUUGCUCCAUAACUGGUAGUUCUGAUUAUUGCUGACUUAAGCAUCGGAGUUUCUACCUUGAGAACCAACCUCGGAGCCUUGCAGGAUAGCCGAAGUGAAGACUUGAGAUCAGGAGUACCUCCCAGUUUUCUGCAAUUACAUUGGCGCUGUUUGUGGGAACCCGAGCUAAAAGCCUUUGCUAGUGGCUGUUACGAUGGUUAACACGCGCUCAACGCACCACGGAAGUCCCCAACAAGGGCACGGAAGAGAUCAGCUCCUCGGCGGGAACCCCACAUCCUACCCUGUACCACCCCCUACAGUUCAGCACCAGCAGGCAAAAGGGGCAGGGGAAAAUGAUCCGAACCCAGUAGAGAUCCCAAAUGACCCCCUAAUCACCCAACUUAACGCCAUGCAGCAUUCACCAGCUCGAACUGUCGCCCCAUCUCCCAAUGAGUCUCAAGCUCAUUCCCAUGUGGUACCUCAACCUCGGCAACCAUCCCAACCAGCUGUCUCAGAUCCUCCCAACCAACCACACUUAGAACAAGUGGUGCCCGAGAACCGAAGCCCCCAAAUCCCGGUUCAGCCAAGUUCUACCCCUAUCCCUACCCCCCUCAACACCAACAUCAUUCAUGAACCUUACCCACCUGGGUUUAGAAUGCCUCAGCUCGAGACAUAUGAUGGUACCAAGGACCCUAAUGAUCACUUGCACGCUUUCUAUUCUGUCAUGCAAGCUCAAAAUGCCUCAGAUGCCUUGAUGUGCAAAAUAUUCCCUUCUACUCUGCGUGGAAACGCGCAGACUUGGUAUUACAGUUUGCUGCAGAGCUCGAUCGGUUCUUACGCCGAAUUGGCGGCGUCCUUUGCCACGAAGUUUUCCAGUUGCCGACUGAUCAAAAAAACAACAUCCGAGCUCAUGCGGGUGGCCCAGAAAGAAGGUGAAUCCUUAAAGAAUUACAUGAAUCGAUUUAAUGAUGCAGUGCUGGAGAUCGGCUCAUUCAGCCAAGCUGUCGGGUUAGCUGCACUAACACAAGGCCUCAAGCAUGAGAGGGACCAGCUCAAGUUCGUCCAGGAGCAGGGGCGACCUCAGUCAUCUCGAGAUGCAAACAACCGACUUGGAGUUGGAUAUCAACAAGCACCACCUCCGCUCCCUCCGCCUUCACGCAUCAUUCACAUGAUAACAGGAGGGCUAGAAGCCGAAGGGACAAGCUCAAAGCAGCAGAAGCUAUAUAUGCGAGAGGUGAAGCAUCCCAACCGGGCUCAAAAAAGAAAAUUUGACGAGACAGAUUGGAAGAACCAACCCAUAACAUUCAGUUCCACUGAUUUUGAUGGUGUCGUCACAGCACACAAUGAUCCGCUGGUCACCUCGGUCAUGGUCAAUAGUUGUGAAGUUCAGCGCGUCCUUGUAGACAGAGGAAGUGCUCCGGACAUCAUGUACUAUCACUGCUUCGAAAGCCUUGGCCUCGACCCUGCCCUCUUACAGAGGUAUGACGGCCCCAUCUACGGCUUCAACAACCACAACAACCAGCCAGUUCCUGUGGAAGGAAUCCUUAAACUUAAUGUAGCAUUUGGCUCAAGCCGAACCUAUGUAACCCCCUCAGUCCGGUUUUUGGUAGUAAAGAUGGCGUCAUCCUUUAACAUCGUCAUCGGAAGGCCAACCCUGACUGAAAUUAGGGCAGUUGUUUCACCAUCUCACCUCUGCCUGAAAUUUCCGACCCCCACGGGCGUGGCGAUGUUGAGGGGAAAUCAAGAGAUAGCCCGGCACUGCUACAUGACUUCGGUCUCCCGACCUCAGAGGGACAAACAAGUGGCAAACCUAGAGCCAACUCAGCCUGAAGUCCCAACCACACAACAAGUAAUGGGUGUGGAAUUGUUGGACAACAGACCUGAAGGUGAAGCCAGAGCCACUCCGGCAGAAGAGGUGGAGGAGGUGCAGCUUGACGACAAUGAUCCCACUAAAAAGACAAGGAUCGGCACCAAGCUGAGCUCCGAAGAUCGGCAUAGCUCAUUGGCUUUCUGAAAUCAAACAGAGACGUGUUU